AUGAAAAAAUCAGAAUCCGAAAGUGAAAUAAUGUCUGUCCCGUCUCCAUCAUAUACUUCUUCGCCACAGUUCAUGAUGCCACCUCUAAAUUUCGAGUCGACAAAUUUACCAAUGGCAUGGAAAGAUUGGUACACCCAAUUUAAAAUUUAUUGUCGAGCAACUGGGGUAGAAAGUUAUUCUAAUGAAAAAAAGGUCGCAAUUUUACUGCACUGUAUGGGUCACGGCGCUCUUAAAAUAUUUAGUUCGUUUAAUGAAGAUGUAGACAAAAUUAAAUAUGAAGAUCUAAUUAAAAAAUUUGAAAAAUAUUUUCUUCCAAAAAUAAAUCUAGCUAUUGAAAGGCACAAAUUCUUCACAUGUGCGCAAAAACCAACGGAAUCUAUUGAGGAUUAUAUUACGGGAUUAAAAAAUUUAAGUCUUAACUGUGAAUUUGGCACCUUACGUGAAAGUUUAGUUCGAGAUAUAUUUGUAUGUGGCCUUAGUCAACAAAAUAUUCAAAUAAAGGAAAAAUUAUUAAGCGAAGGAAAUAUUAGUUUAGACAAAGCCGUAGAAAUUGCUAAAAGCGCCGUACUAACUAGAGUUCACUCAAGGCAAAUUCAAAGCAAUUCAUCAGACUCUCUUGUUGUGGGUGCAGUACAAAAUAUGAAAUUUAAAAAUUCUACUCAAACCAAUAAGUCAUACAAUAAAAAACCAGUCAACAAUUUUUUUAGUCAGUCAACCAAACAAAUUAAAGGUAAACAGGAAAAUAUUUGUUCGAAGUGUGGUCAACUUCACCGAUUUCGAUGUCCAGCUAUAGGUAUGGUAUGCCAUAAAUGCAAAAAAAAAAAUCAUUUUGCUUCGAUGUGCAAGUCAAGUCAAAUAAGAACAUUACAACCGCAGUCUUCUAAUGAGAUCCAGUCGUUAUUUUUAGGUGGUAUACAAUCAACUUCUAAUGGUUCAAAUAGUAAUAGUACUUGUAAUUGGUAUGUAAAAAUUUGUGUCAAAAAUAUUGAAAUAAAUUGCUUAUUAGAUUCAGGUGCGCAAGCAAAUAUUAUUAGUCUUUCUAACUUUGAAAAAUUAAAUCUAAAUCACAAAAAAAUAAAACAAACAAAUAAAAAAAUUUGUACUUUUGGUAAACAAUCCUUGCCAAUAAUAGGCACAUAUGAAAUUAAAUGUGUGUACAAUAACAAAGAAUACUUAAUAUUAUUUUAUAUCAUGAAUAUAGAAUGUCAAACAAUUUUAGGUUUAGCAACUUGUAUUGAAAUGAAUUUAAUUAAAAGGAUAGUCACACAACCAAUAGAUAUAAAUAAUUUAACAAUUCCAAACGAAAAAUGUAACUUUUUAAAAAAUUAUAAAGAUUUAUUUGAAGGUAUAGGAUGUUUACAAACAAAGUGUCACUUCAAAGUCAAACAGGAUGCUCAGCCUGUUGUUGUCGCACCUAGAACUGUCCCUAGAACUGUCAUUAUCUUUAACUAUAUAUGA